GCCCGGGAAGCCCCAGCGAGGCCCGGCGGGCCCGGCCCGCGCCGGGAGGAGCGGCGGCGUCCCGGCGAGAAGUAAGGCUCCGCGCCCUCCUUCCCCCGAGCCCCGCGGCCGGGAGCGGUGUGGGGCGGCUGCCGGGACGCUCCGGCGCGCUGCCGCGGCUCCCGGCGCCACUCCGCGGGCUCUGUUCUAUGAGUGCAAAGAUGGAGCCUACUUUCUACGAGGAUGCCCUGAACGCCAGCUUCGCGCCGCCGGAGAGCGGCGGCUAUGGAUAUAAUAACGCCAAGGUGCUGAAGCAGAGCAUGACGCUGAACCUGUCCGACCCGGCCAGCAGCCUGAAGCCGCACCUGAGGAACAAGAACGCCGACAUCCUCACCUCCCCCGACGUGGGGCUGCUGAAGCUGGCCUCCCCGGAGCUGGAGCGGCUCAUCAUCCAGUCCAGCAACGGGUUAAUCACCACCACGCCGACCCCGACGCAGUUCCUCUGCCCCAAGAACGUUACCGACGAGCAAGAGGGGUUCGCCGAAGGCUUCGUGAGAGCGCUGGCGGAACUGCACAACCAGAACACGCUGCCCAGCGUCACCUCGGCCGCGCAACCUGUUAGCGGUGGCAUGGCACCUGUGUCCUCCAUGGCCGGCGGCGGCAGCUUCAACACGAGUUUGCACAGCGAGCCCCCGGUGUACGCCAAUCUCAGCAACUUCAACCCCAACGCGCUCAACUCCGCACCCAACUACAACGCCAACGGCAUGGGCUACGCGCCGCAGCAUCACAUAAACCCCCAGAUGCCCGUGCAGCAUCCCAGGCUUCAGGCUCUGAAGGAAGAGCCUCAGACUGUACCUGAAAUGCCGGGGGAAACCCCUCCCCUGUCCCCUAUUGACAUGGAGUCGCAGGAGAGAAUCAAAGCCGAGAGAAAACGCAUGAGAAACAGAAUCGCGGCGUCCAAAUGCCGGAAAAGGAAGUUGGAAAGGAUUGCCAGGUUGGAAGAAAAAGUGAAAACUUUGAAAGCCCAGAACUCAGAGCUGGCAUCCACUGCCAACAUGCUCAGAGAACAGGUUGCACAGCUUAAGCAGAAGGUCAUGAACCAUGUCAACAGCGGGUGCCAGCUAAUGCUAACACAACAGUUGCAAACGUUUUGAAGAGACUGACUUAAAUAGGAACUGCGAUGUCGUGGUAUAACUCGACAACAAACCAAAAGCGGCAGGCGCGGAAAGCUCACCGUAGAAGCUGAGAGGCUGAGUCCUGCCUGCGCUCUGCAAGGCGCAUGUGUGGAAAGACUGGCGAGCCUUCAGCUCGAGUUGGUGAAGCGGCCAGCACCGCUCCGAGAAGUGCUGCUCCUGCUCCGAUGAGGUGUCAGAUCUUCGUUUAACAUUGACCAAGACCUGCAUGGACCUAACAUUCGAUGAUCAUUCAGUAUUAAAGGUUAAACUGCAAUAGAAACUGUAGAUUGCUUUAUGUAGUAUUCCUUAAGAGAAAAAAAAAAAAAAAAAAAAA